AUGUCCCUCGUCACUUGGGACCUUUGGGCAUCCAUGCAACCGCCACUUCUGAAAGGAUCUCUUAAUGCCACAGGUAAACUGGAUACAAAAAGGCCAGAUGUCUUGACUUGGUGUGAUAAAGGUGGUGGGGUUGAUCUUGCUCAAUCCAAUGUAUCAACUGUUGGUUAUUAUGGAAAUGAUGGUGUUGAGUGUACAAAAUGUGGACGCCACUAUAAACUUAAAUCAUCAUUAAGAAAUCACCAAAAAUGGGAAUGUGGAAAAGAACCGCAAUUUAAAUGCCCUUAUUGUAACUACAGAGCAAAACAAAAAAUGCAUGUUGCUAGGCAUAUUGAACGGAUGCAUAGAGAAAAGUUGGACAUGCUUGAAUUACGCGAGCAAGCAUUAAAAAAAGGCAGUGAAAUACUUCCUUAG